AUUAUGGGAGACAGAUGAUUGACACGGCCGCCAUUUUGCUCCUGCUCUCGCUGCUUCCAUUGUGUGAGAGAUAGUAAAUAACUGACACUGCCAGACAAGCACAACACACUUGUAUCCUUGCGAAGAAAAGGCGUUAAAUUCACCCCCGGUGAUACCUUGUUGUAAUGGCUCGUACCAAGCAGACUGCUCGUAAGUCCACUGGAGGAAAAGCUCCUCGUAAGCAGCUGGCCACCAAGGCUGCACGAAAGAGCGCCCCCUCCACCGGUGGUGUGAAGAAGCCCCAUCGUUACAGGCCCGGUACCGUGGCUUUGAGAGAGAUCCGUCGGUACCAGAAGUCCACUGAGCUGCUGAUCCGUAAGCUGCCGUUCCAGCGUCUGGUGAGGGAGAUAGCUCAGGACUUCAAGACUGACCUGCGUUUCCAGAGUGCCGCCAUUGGAGCCCUGCAGGAGGCCAGUGAGGCGUACCUGGUGGGUCUCUUCGAGGACACUAACCUGUGUGCCAUCCAUGCCAAGCGUGUCACCAUCAUGCCCAAAGACAUCCAGCUGGCACGCCGCAUCCGCGGAGAGCGCGCUUAAACAGCCUCCCUAAUGUUUCACCUCUGUCCUGUUUUUCUUUACCUGUCCCUGCCCUCCUCCCUUGAUUCUACCCCCCCACCCACCUCCACCCAUCCCAGUCACACUCUCUCCCCAGCCUGCCCAGCUUCUCAGUAGACUUUAGAGUAAUCCUGAUUAUGAAGCGAUAGAAAUAUGUUGAAGUCUGGUCUCUCAUAGGUUUUUUGUCUUCACCAAAUGUUUUAGGGUACCUUUUUCGUGCAUGUAAAAGGUUUAGUAGAUCAGACACACAUGUGCACACAUGCUCAAACAGGCAUCACUUGGUUUGGGUGGCACUUCAAAACACGAAGCCCAUCCUUGAGCUCACCUGGAUUUUUCUAGUGUGGGAGGUCGGCAGGUGCAGUUUGUGUGGCAAACAGAGCCAAAGCAGACGGAUGUGGCCGAGGGGCUAGUCUGCUUAAGGGGAGCUGCAACUUCCACAGCAGGGUGCUAUUAAAACUAGUCCUGAGGCCUCGGCCCAUUUGAACACCCUCCUCCCUUCCCACCCAGUCCGUCCCUCUACACCGCAGCCACCCUCUCACUCUGCAGCUGCAGCGUGACGGCUCGCUGUACCAUUUUGGUUCACCUCCUUCACCCCUUAGAUCUGCACUGGGAGGGGACGCUGAUCUGUUGGUCCGUUUGUGUGGAUGUGUGAGCUCUGAUCUUCCAAACCACUUGUACUCAACAAACAAGAAUCUCUUGGUUGCUUAAGAAUAUUGAUUAUCGUUGUGGAUAUGGUGUCUAUUUUUUUUACGCAUAUGAGUCAUGGAUGAGCAUCUCUUCCUUUACCACUUCCAAAAUUAUCAAAACAAGAGAAAAAAACAAUUGAAAUUGUCAACAUGGUUGUCAGGUUGUUUUUUUACAGUGAUCUGAUUUGUUAUAGAAAAUCAGGAAGGGCUUCUUUGUUUUCCAAGGCAACUUCUGUUCUAAUGGCAGCCACACCGGUGCGAUGGUGUACCAUCUCCUCGUCUCUUCAAUUUAAUUGUUCACUGUAGAUCAGUCAUCAAAUAUUAUACUUCUGUCUCUCUCUCUAUCCCUCUCUCUCUCUCUCUCGCUCUCGCUCUCUCACCACAGAUAGGCAUUAGACUUGUCACAACAGUAUGAAUGACAUUAUAGUGAAAGUUACACUCUGCAUGUUAUGGGUCUGUGUCUCCUGUACUCUCUGUAGAUCUGAGCAUAUAAUCUGUUCCCUUCCUCAAAAUUUGUGAUACACAAUAUAACCUCAUAUUUGUUUUCUUUUAUAUUUUUCUUAUUCCUCAAGAUUUUCAGACGUAUAAAUAAGCUGAUCUUUGUAUUUUCCAAAUUUCUCAUAUUAUGGUGGUAAUAAAUAGGUGUUAAAACAAA